CAUAGCUUCUGCAUUCAUUGAUGAUUUCCACAGCAAUGUCAGAUGAGCCGGAAGCUGCGAGUUUGAGGCAAUUGGUGUCAAGAGGAUGGACAUAUCAUCAUGCGACUUUCGAUUUAUACUUGAAAUUGAGUGGUGUUUUGUUAACAGAGGCGGGUGUCACUGGUGUCAUUUUGCCGGAGAUCAGACGUUUGGUGCAACUAGAGCGUGGUCACAGCAGCGAUGAUGAGCUGCGUGUGCGGAAAGCCAAUAUUGAUUUGGCCAACACUGGACUCACAGAUGCAAUGCUGAAUACAUUGCUGGGUGCCUGGCAGACUUUAGGGAUCUCCUGCUGUUCUCUGUGCCUCAGAUUACAGCGGAAUUGUCUCACAGGAGCAUCAUUGUUGACCUUGGGGCAGUUCGUGACGGCAGAGGCCAUUGGAAGCUUGGAGGAGUUGCAUGCAACACAUCAAUUGGGGCCAGAGCGUGUGACUCGAAGAUCUGUCCUCAGCUUCUUGAAGAAGCUCUCCCAGUGCAGUAAAUAUCCUAUUUGGGUCAAGCGCCGGCGAUGCUUUCGUCCAGUUCAUUUGCGCUUGGGACGCUGCGGCAUCGAGAAUCCAGAAGAGAUUGCAGGUGAGCUGGAGAAAGAUGGCGCGCGGGUUUGCUUUGCGGAUGAUCAAGGCUGUAUCCGAGCUGCUUGUAGUUUGGCCCGUCACGGUGGAGGAUGUCCUGUGGCUCAUUUGUUUGACUUCCGAAGCCAAGAGCUGCCAGCUGAAAACCCAGAACCACUGGGAGCCACAGAGAGAUUGAAGGAAGCAGAGCAGAUGGAGGUAACGCUACAAGGAGAGAAGGGCAAGCUCUUUUUAUGUGGUUCGUGUGAGAGAUCACUUUCAAUCGACAUGUUCACCCGAUGUCAGUUCUCCAAGGCCAGUAAGAUUGAUGAACAUCGGGGCGAAUCGCAUUUGGUACGACGGUGCAAUGAGUGUGUCACUCAACCCUGCUGUGCCUGUGGACAGCAUCUUUCCCUGACAGCCUUUUCAGGCAGUCAGAUGCUACGACCGCAGGGCACUCGUCGUUGCAGGCCUUGCACUUUAGACACUUGGUGGUGCGACCGUUGUUCCAAACCCAAGGUGACCGGGGAAUUUUCAUCCUUCCAAGCCAGAAAGGGCAAGCAACUCUCCAAGGUGUGCAGAGACUGUGAGAAGAGCAAUCCAUAUUUUGAUCGGCGCCACGUUCUUUGUGCCAUCUUCAGUGGCAAGUACGCGGCUCCGCCAUUGCGUUUGCCAGCCUUUUCCAAAGAAAUCUUGAUGUCCAUUUUGAGCUUUGCAAGGGAGUCCAAAUUCAUCACCAUCAGCGGUACAAGUUAUACAUGCAGUUUGUGCAACAAGACCAAAUCCUUUCUGGCCAAUGCCGGCGAUGAUGCAGUGGAACGUCAUGUCCGAACAUCCCAAGUGCAUGCAAAACGGGUGCGUAGUUUAGAGGCCGGCCACUUGGUCGAGGUUGCAACUACAGGACUGGAUGCCGGACGUUUCCGGGAUGGCUUAGGUCUGCGGGGAGCCUUUUGUGGAAUUGACCAGGUGAAAGAAGCGGCAAGCCUCAUUGACAUUUGGACUGUCAAUGACACUCAGCCUUUGCUUCCCUUUCUGCGGCAUGUUGGAUGUCGCGAAUCUGAGUCUGGACAACUUCGCUGGGUCUCUCCUGAACAAUUUGAGAAAGCUUCUGGACUGGUGGAAGCAGCGCAUGGUUCGGGAAUCGAAGGCGACUUUUUUGCGAGCGCAUCGAUGCAAGAUGUGGCGGAAGCAGAGGAAAGAGCGCUGCAACAAAAGCGGACCAAGGUGAAUAUGCUGUGUCGUUCCGGUGUGGGAGAUUCAGAUGAGGAGGAAGAUGAAGAGACCGUUGCACUUCGACGCUUUUUGGCCAGGUGACACACGUGUUGUCCACAUUUUCCAAGCGACCUCAACAGACAGAGUUCGUCAACUCUGUCAAGCAAGGCCAGGCAUCCUUUUAGCUGAACUGCCCCGAACUGCCAUGGUGAUGGAUCGUUGCAGUGCCAGUGCUCGUCCAGUCAAUAGCGGAUCAGAGAGCACAGCUGAUGGCCAAUUGUAUCCAGAAUAUGCGCCCGUGAAAAAGCAAGAACUUGGGGCAAAUGCAGUUUUUUGUGCUGAUUGUGGUGAGUCACAUAAACAUGGAAUGUGCGCUUGAAUGAUGAUGGGC